AGCCUAAGUUUUGAGAUAAAAGGUCGUGAUUACCUUUUUCAUUUUUUAUAUCCCAUGGCAGAAACAAGCUUUCAUAUUGACUCAAUCAGUGUAAUGAGCUUAGAUUCCUCUUCAUGGCUGGCUUUGUUCCUGCUUGUAAAAGAAUCUAAAGAAGUCUGUAGACACAGAAAUGACUAAAUGAAAGCUGCUUUAUUUUCUGAUGCUAUUCAUUUUCCUUCGGUCACACAGUUUUACAACUGAAGGCGCUGGUUUCAUUUUGUCUAAUAAAACUCAAACUCAAAGUCCUGUUGUGUUGUGGUCAGUUUGACCCACAAUUGCUUGAAAAUUGUUUAAAUCAUUUAUUUCUUUAGUGAAUUUUUCUUAUUUAGGGUCAUGAAUGUGCAUGCAAAGUUUCGACACAGGUGUGUUUUGGAAAAGCAUCUGUGAACAAAUCUACAUGUUUACUGUUUAGACAUAACAGCAUCUUUGCAAGUUACAUCCAAACAUAGCCUUCCAUAAAUGAUAGAACAAGAUGACUAGAUAUGGACUAAUGUAUAGCACCAUGAAAGUUACUUUUGAUCAGAACAGUGAUAACUCACUGAAGAACCCAGCAGAACUGGUCUAGGAUGGUUCUGAAGUGUCUUGAUGGAUGGAUCACCUGCUCAUCUGAUGCUCUGGUAUCUGUUUAAUUCAUGUGACUUUAUGGUUGUGGCUCAUAAAGCGCUUUAGUUCGAGUUGAAAGUCCGCUGGAGCUGCUCAUCCUUCACUCCUCAGGAUGAGUCGCUGCUGUGUUCCAUGAGUGUGUGUGUGUGUGUGUAGGAUGGGCUUCCUCCUCAAUCAGUCCGGUCAUCUUCAUUCACAUGGCCACACCCACUCUCACGGGUCACCGGGGCGGGGUCAGGGUCAGCGGGGUCACGGCAGUCUGGCGGUGCGAGCGGCCUUCAUCCACGCUCUGGGUGAUCUGGUUCAGAGCGUCGGUGUGCUCAUCGCUGCGUACAUCGUCAGGUUUAAGCCGGAGUAUAAGCUGGCCGAUCCCAUUUGUACAUACCUGUUCUCCAUACUGGUGCUGUUCAGCACAAUCCAGAUCAUCAGAGACACCGGCAUCAUUCUGCUGGAGGGUGUUCCGCGUCAUGUGGACGUGUCUGGAAUCAGAGCUGAUCUGCUGAAGCUGCAGCAUGUGGAGUGUGUGGAGGAGCUGAAGCUCUGGGCGCUGACGGCCGAUAAAACCGCAGCCAUCGUUCACCUGCAGCUCGAGUACUGUGAUGUAUGGAGGCUUGUUUCUGCCACAGAAUAA